AUGGACGAGGAGGAGGCCCCACCGCCUUACUCGGCUUCGGACCCUCUGAAUGCACGGGCAAAUAACAGGAACGGCAAUCGUUCGCAGGCCGCCACUCCUCUGCGCGACAAUGCGCCAUUGCAAGAGGCCAGCAGCUCAAGGCUGGCGGAACUGUCUGGAUCUGCGGUUUCCUCUGUAGUGCCAACCCACUUCACCUCCGCCGUCACAUACUUUGAGCAACGCCCGUCAUCAGUCAUCGACGACGGCCGAGAUAUUUUAUACCACCAUAUGACUAUCUAUCCCCGCAGCCAAGCCAAGGACUUUCCUCGGCGGCCGCGCUGCUGGAAUGCCCAUUUUGACGAGAUUAUCCAGCAGGACUGGGACACCUUUCUACGGUAUCUUUUCCCGGCCCAAUUGGGCUUGGCUGCUGCCUCGCAGCACUUGUCCCGACAGCUCCGAGCGGAAAUCCAGCGGGAUCGCAAGGACCGCCCACAGGAGACGGACGAGCAACGCCGCGCGAGAAUUACGGCUGUUCCCGAUGCUGCGCCUACGUCUGCACUAUGUCCUCGGUGCUAUCCGGCUGCAACGAAGGCUACCCAGGGAACCGGUACUCCGACCCCUGUGGAAGGUCAACGGGCUGUGAAUGCCAAUGCGCUUUCGUUAGUGGCUGAGCAACCUACCCCAUCACCAAAUUCUUGGCAUAUGCCUCAUUUCUCGCCUUUUGGAAAUGCCCCACAACCACAUAUGCCAUUUGGCACUCCGUUCGGUGUUCCACCAUUUGCAGCACACGGAGCACAUAAUGGCCAGCCGCCUCAAUACUACCCACAGCCCCAACCACCACCAGGUGUUGCUCCAUGGCAAUGGCAGCCUUGGGGCUAUACACCGCCACAAUUUGGACCGUCUGGCACUUCCAAGAGCGGAGCACUUGGCUGGAUCUCGAGUCUCACCUCACAGGCGCAGAAAUACGGUGAGCGGUUUGCGGAACAGGCCAUGCAUUAUGGCAGGCAGGUUGAAGAGCAGGCGAUGGCGCAUGGUCGAUGGCUUGAAGAUCAGGCAGGACUUCAUGGCCGCAAGCCAGGUGCAGGCGCGUACCUGCCAGGAUAUCCGCUUGGAUACCCCCCUGCUGCAUCCAAUGGCCAGCCUCCUUGGAGCCCUACUCAAACUGGCCAGACAGGCGGUGUUUCAUACACUACAUCGACACCGACAUCACCUACAAGCAAUACGACCCCUCUCAACAGUACAGAAAGCCAUCCUCAGCCUCAACCUCUACCUGUAUCUGAAGUUGAGGCUCAACCCCAAGCUCAACCUCUACCUGUACCUGAACUUGAGGCUCAACCCCAAGCUCAACGUCAACUCCAACCCCAACCCCAACCGCAGAAAAAUGACGAUAAACCCCUUGAGCGUUCUCGCCGCGCCUCUAUCAGCUCUGUCUCUACCGGAUCAUCUUUCAGCUCGAUUGAUUCCCUCUCAACCACUUCUGACCUUGACGCCUCAGACCUAGCCACAGUCCGCAUCCAGCUUCAAUCUCUUCAUGAUCGACAUGACCGCACACUCUACGAGGCUGCCGUUGACCUCCGACAACAACUAUCCCUCCUCGAAGAAUCCCGUCGAGAGGCCCGUAUAUCCGGGCGUCGAGACUGGCGCCGUGGACGCCAACAAGCUUCCCAACCAGACAGCAGCGACUGGGGACGCUGGGAGUCACCCGAACAGCAGCAGCGCGAUGCCACAGAGCGACAAGCAAUGAAAGAGGAAAUGCGCGCCACCAGAAAAGCAUUCCGAGACGUCGCCCGCCGCGCCCGCGAAGAACAGCGCGACAAGCGACGUGCCCGGAAGAACCGUCUGCGCCAGCGACCCCCGCCGGAAAGCAAGCCUGAAGAUGAGAUCUUGUUGGAUGGACGGAUGGCCAAUCUCGCUCUUGAAGACACUACAUUCCGUCCACCGGCACGGAGUCGAACUGAGCCCGUGGUUCAAGCUUUCCGUCCCCAGCGCACUCUUUUACGCUCCGGUGCGAGCUCAGAAAUUAGUGUGCCGGGUGCUAUAAAUACUCCCUCGUCUGCGUCCCAGACAAGCGUGUAUGGACCGGCCGAGGUUCCGGAUAAGAAGUCGAAGCUUAAACAGAUGCUGAAGUCGCGGAAUGCGAAGAAGCAGCAGAAAGCCGAGAAGGAAGAUAAGGAUAGCAAGGCAUCUAAAAAGGACGGCAAUUAA